UAUACACUCAGGGCUGCCAAGCUCACUUUUACAGUGUGUCUGUGUGUGCACGCUACAGCAAGGAAGGCUGCAUCUCACCGGUUUGGUCAACCUCAAAUCUAAAAGACACUCAUCAUGACUGCUGUUCAUCGUCUGGUCAUCGUGCGGCAUGGAGAGAGCAGCUGGAACCAGGAGAACCGCUUCUGCGGCUGGUUUGAUGCAGACCUCAGCGAGAAGGGAGUGGAGGAGGCCAAGCGCGGUGCUCUAGCCGUCAAAGAUGCAGGCCUUAAGUUUGACGUGUGCUAUACCUCUGUGCUGAAGCGUGCCAUCAAGACCUUGUGGACCAUCAUGGAAGGCACAGACCAGAUGUGGCUGCCUGUGGUGAGAACUUGGCGUCUGAAUGAGCGUCACUAUGGUGGAUUGACUGGCUUGAACAAGGCAGAGACGGCAGCCAAACAUGGAGAGGAGCAGGUGAAGAUCUGGAGACGCUCAUUUGACAUCCCACCUCCACCCAUGGAUAAAGACCAUCCCUUCCACAAGAUCAUCAGCGAGUCUAGGCGCUAUAAGGGUCUGAAGGAAGGUGAGUUGCCAACCUGUGAGAGUCUGAAGGACACCAUUGCACGUGCCCUGCCCUUCUGGAAUGAGGUAAUUGUCCCUGAAAUCAAAGCCGGCAAGAACGUCCUCAUUGCGGCCCACGGAAACAGCCUGCGUGGUAUUGUCAAGCACUUAGAGGGUAUGUCCGAUGCAGCCAUCAUGGAGCUAAACUUGCCCACUGGCAUUCCCAUUGUCUAUGAGCUGGACAAGGACCUGAAGCCUGUGAAGCCCAUGCAGUUUCUUGGGGAUGAGGAGACUGUGCGCAAGGCCAUGGAGGCUGUGGCUGCCCAGGGCAAGGUGAAGAAGUGAGAGCAGACAAGGACACAAAGACUGAACCUAAUCAAGACUUCCCCUUCUUACCCCGUCCCACUCAUCCUGUCCGACUCCACUGAACGCCAUUCCACCAUCAGAGCACUCUGACACCCCUUUUCCACCAAACAUGGUACUGGUUCUCACCAGAAAAUAUUUUUAAAAGAUUUCCAGUUGUGUCACCAUCUUCGACAAUUUUAAAAACAUUGCAAGAGAUAUAAAGAGAGCUGUGUGUUUGUAUUGCUUUUAGACAUUAAUAUUAGCAUUAGUUAAUAUUAGUUUAGAUUGUCGCAUUGUUGGUUUUGAUUCAUUAGUUCUGCAACAAAUAUUGUGAAUUCUUCAAGCACUGUUCAUGCUUUAUUUUACUGGCAGACGUGUUAAUGUCUUGAUAGAGUGGAGAAGAGCAUACACCUUGUUAUAGUGGAAAAGGGUAGUCAAAACCACGUCACAUGACACAUGUGCCUGUCCUCCCUUUUAUGUAUAAAUAAAUAAAUAUGAAACAUCUUUUCCA